AGGGCAGAAGACCUCGCUCUGCCUUCUCGCUCGAAUUUGCACACCCAGCUGAGCUAUUCUCCGCUUGUUUCUCCUGGUAAGUGCUCUUUCUUUCUCUCUCUCGCUCUCUCUGUUGCUUGUAUCUCUGUCUCUGUGUUGAAGAGUUAAUUUCUCGGUGAAUGGUUUGAUCUGUUGGUUGCGUCAGUUCAGAGGACGGAGCUGAGCUGGGGCGUGGGUGCUUGGAGUUGUAGUGGCAAAGGCCAUACGCCUAAUAGAUACUAGUACCCGAAUUCCAGUACCACCAAGAAUUAAGGUUACAAGACUAGCGAUCUUUUUCUGACAUGGGGGUACAUCACUUAUUUAAUUCCCAAAAUUAACAUCAUUUACAUGGGAAUUGAAUGGUAUUCGAAUUACCAUUUAGUUUGUCUUUGGAUCUAAACGGAGCCUUGGGCGUUUGAUUCUUCUGGUUUUAUUGUUUUGCUUCUUCUAGGUUUAGGGUUUGGUGAUAAUUGUCUUCGGUUACGUAUUUUUUGUUGGUUAUUGAGAUUUGAUAUUUUUGGAGACUAUGCUCGAGUAAAUCUUUUUUCUUAUUUAUGGUUUUAGAUCCUUUUUGGGGAUUUCAUUAGAUAGUGUCAAGUCUUAACCAUGUCUGUGAAUAACAACAACAACAAUAACAGUAAUAGUAAUAGCAAUAGUAAUCAUCCCAAGAGCCUUGGGCAGCCUUCAUCACCCUUUGGCAAUGUGGGAAUGCGCAGUCCGGUGCCCAUCAACCCAGCAUUCUCACAGUCACAAUCUCAGAUGCAAAUUGGCACUGGCUUUCAGGGUCAGUUCCAGCUGUCCCAAGCACAGGCCGCUGCUGCACAGUUGAAAGCACAACAGGCUCACGUGCAAGCGCAGGCCCAAGCAGCUCAUGCUGCUCAAGUUCAAGCAGCACAUGCACAGUUCCAGGCUCAGUUGCAGGCACAGGGAAUUGCUCUUAGCCCAGCCCAAAAUGCUGUCUUGGGAAACUUAGGUUCAUCCUCACCUUCAUUUUCAUCUCCCGGUAACAUGAAUGCCAAGCGGCUAUCUCAAAAACCCCCAGUUCGGCCUCCUGGUGUUCCUAUGCCAAGCAUAAUUUCCCCGUUGAAAACAAUGGAUCUCACCCCUGCAGCUCGCAGGAAGAAGCAGAAGCUUCCAGAGAAGCAACUACAAGAUAGAGUAGCAGCAAUUCUCCCUGAGUCUGCUUUGUAUACACAACUUCUUGAAUUUGAGGCUCGUGUUGAUGCAGCUUUAUCUAGAAAAAAGGUUGACAUCCAGGAGGCACUUAAAAGUCCUCCUUGUGUUCAGAAAACACUUCGAAUUUACGUUUUCAACACAUUUGCUGAUCAGAUCAGAACAAUUCCCAAGAAGCCUAGUGCUGAGCCCCCAACUUGGACUCUUAAGAUUGUUGGAAGAAUAUUGGAAGACGGGAUAGAUCCUGACCAACCUGGAGUAGUUCAGAAAUCAAACCCCUUGUAUCCAAAGUUCUCAUAUUUUUUCAAGAGAGUGACGAUUAUGUUGGAUCAGAGAUUAUAUCCUGAUAAUCAUAUGAUUGUAUGGGACCAUUCUCGAUCACCUGCAACUCAUGAGGGUUUUGAAGUAAAGAGAAGGGGAGAUAAAGAGUUUACAGUGACUAUACGGUUGGAAAUGAAUUAUUUGCCUGAGAAGUUUAAGCUGUCUCCAGCUUUGAUGGAAGUGCUUGGUAUUGAGGUUGACACGCGUCCAAGAAUAAUAGCUGCAAUCUGGCAUUAUGUGAAGGCUAGGAAACUGCAGAAUCCAGAGGACCCUUCUUUCUUUAAUUGUGAUCCACCUCUUCAGAAAGUAUUUGGGGAAGCAAAGAUGAAAUUUACCAUGGUUUCACAGAAGAUAUCGCAGCAUCUAUCUCCUCCUCAACCAAUAGUUUUGGAGCACAAGAUAAAGCUUUCAGGGAACAGUCCGGCUGGAACUGCAUGCUAUGAUGUGGUGGUAGAUGUCCCCUUCCCAAUACAGAGGGAACUGAAUGCUCUGUUGGCCAAUGCAGAAAAGAACAAAGAGAUUGAAGCCUGUGAUGAAUCAAUAUGUGCUGCAAUACGGAAAAUUCACGAACAUCGUAGGAGGCGGGCUUUCUUCCUUGGAUUCAGCCAAUCACCUGUGGAAUUCAUUAAUGCUUUGAUUGAAUCUCAAAGCAAGGAUUUGAAGCUUGCAGCUGGAGAAGCUAGUCGAAGUGCUGAGAAGGAGCGGCGGGCUGAUUUCUUCAACCAACCAUGGGUCGAAGAUGCAGUAAUUCGCUACUUAAAUCGUAAGCCAGCUGCAGGAAGUGAUGCUCCUGGAAGCACGUGAAUUGGAAGUUAUUUUCACAGCUGACCUGCCAGUUUGUUUUGACUUCAAUUCUUUCACUUGGCAUCUGUAUAUUUUGAGCUUCGCUUUUAUGGAAGUGUGCCUAUUUCUGAUCAAUCUAAUUGUCAAUCAGGCUGACGAAGGAACGCCCCCUACUUGUAAAACAGUCAUGGUUUGUAACUUGUUAGGCAGAAUUGUCGUCAUAUUUGCUUUAGCCUUUAUGAUAGUUAAAAAGAUUAGUCCCGUGGCUUUCCUUUUGUUGGUUCUGUGGGUGGUAUUGAUGCGACGUUGCAUUGUACUUCCUGCUAGUUGUGCAGCCGUAAUUGCUGAGUGGCGCAAAAUCCACUCUGUUUUCCUCUCGAAGUUUUGCUUGAUGGGGCCUGACAAUAAAUUGCUGAAUGUGGGAUUUCAUUUUCC